GCAUCCGGUCCCCUGCUCCACAAAACAAACAAUGGUACGGCUCACUAUGGGCGCUGGUAGCUCGGUGGAGACGCCUCCAGUCAGUUCGGGGGAUAAGAGAUUGUCGGCCAACAUGCAUGCUCGCCACAACCGACAGGCCUGUCGUCUUCGAGAAGUAGAUAAUCCCCCUUCCUCCCCCCAUCUUCUCCGCGUUGGCUCCAGUCUUGUUUUUUCCUCUCUGUCACAUUCCUCCCUCUCCUUUCGACCAAGACCAUCACCGAAAAGGAGUGCCUUGGAGAAGAGAGCGAGUCGACUUUGCUGUUCGAUCGCUCUAGAGAUUUUUCUCUCAUCAAUUGAUUCCUACGUCGUCGCUGUCCCCAGUCAACAACCUUCCUAGGAUCAACAAGCAUUCAAGAUGGCGCCCACCUACGCUGGAUUGUCCGGCAGGAAACUGUCGUUGGCCAUCUCAUCCAUCGCUACCAUGGGCUUCCUCCUGUUCGGUUAUGAUCAGGGUGUCAUGUCCGGUAUUAUCAGUGACACGGCCUUCGAGGACCUCUUCACGGCCACCAAGGGCAAUUCUACCAUGCAGGCCUUGGUUACCUCGGUUUAUGAAUUAGGGUGUCUUUUCGGUGCCAUGUUCGCGCUGUUCUUCGGUGACAAGACUGGUCGUCGCAAGAUGAUCUUCUCCGGUGCCAUUGUCAUGAUCAUCGGUGUCACCAUCCAGGUCACCUCGUUUGCCCACCACAUUCCUCUUCUGCAGUUCUUCAUCGGUCGUGUCAUUACCGGUAUCGGCAACGGAAUGAACACCUCCACCAUCCCUACCUACCAGGCCGAGUGCUCCAAGACCAGCAACCGUGGUCUGCUGAUCUGUAUCGAGGGCGGUAUCAUUGCCAUUGGUACAGCGAUUGCCUACUGGAUUGACUACGGUGCCCACUUUGGCAACCGGGACCUCGUCUGGCGUUUCCCCAUUGCCUUCCAGAUCUUCUUCGGUCUGAUCAUUAUUAUCGGAAUGUGGUUCCUUCCCGACUCCCCCCGUUACCUGAUCUCCCGGGACCGCGUCCAGGAGGGUGAGUACGUGCUGGCUGCCCUGGGUGGCUGGGAAAUCAACGACCACGAGACUCAGCUCCAGAAGCAGCUGGUCAUUGACUCCAUCAGAGCUUCCAACGCGGCGGGCAAGGAUGUCGGAUACCGUGACCUUCUCACUGGUGGCCGUUCUCAGCACUUCCGUCGCAUGGUGAUCGGUUCUUCGUCCCAGAUCUUCCAGCAGCUGGGUGGAUGUAACGCUGUGAUCUACUAUCUGCCCGUGCUUCUGCAGGACUCGCUCCACGAGACCGAGAACUUCUCCCUGGUUAUUGGCGGUGUCAACAUGAUUGUGUACGCCAUUUUCGCUACUUUCUCUUGGUUCUUCAUUGAGAAGAUCGGUCGCCGCAAGCUCUUCCUGGGUGGUUCGUUCCUCCAGUGCAUUGCCAUGGUUAUCACCUUUGCUUGCUUGAUCCCUAAUGACUCGGAAACCGCCAAGGGCGCUGUGUUCGGUCUCUUCCUGUACAUGGCCGCCUUCGGUGCUGCGUGGUUGCCUCUGCCCUGGUUGUACCCUGCCGAGCUGUCCCCGAUCAAGACCCGUGCCAAGGCCAACGCUGUCUCGACCUGCAGCAACUGGCUGUUCAACUUCCUCAUUGUCAUGAUCACCCCGGUCAUGAUCUCCCACAUCGGCUGGGGUACCUACCUGUUCUUCGCCGUCCUGAACGGCCUGUUCAUUCCCUUCAUCUGGCUCUUCUACCCUGAAACCGCCAACCGCAGUCUGGAAGAGAUCGACAUCAUCUUCGCCAAGGGUUACACCGAGAACAUCAGCUAUGUGAAGGCCGCCGCCGACCUGCCCAAGCUGACCGACGACGAAGUUGAGCAGCGGGCCAUUGAGUAUGGCUUCGGCGCCUCCAGUGACGAGGAGAAGGGCGCCACCGCCGAGAUCUCGGGCAACAACAGCGCCCGCGAGGAGUCGGAGUAAGCUCCUCCUGAUGACUGAUCAUGAAAACAAAACGGGAUAUAUACGUGGUUGCAUGCUUUGGGGCCGCGGGCCGUGAUGGCUAGGACUCCGCCCUGGCGUUUCUCCCUUCCUACCUUACCUCCCUAAUUUCCG